GGCCGCGGGGGGACGGGAGCGCCGGGCGCGGCCGGCCGCGGGCCCCGGGGAGCGGCGGCGUCCCGGGGCCCGGCGAGGCGCGGCCGCGAUGCCCGUGCUGCCCAUCCCGCGCCGCGUGCGCUCCUUCCACGGGCCGCACUCCAGCUGCCUGCACGCCGCCUGCGGGCCCGCGCGCGCCUCGCGCCCCGCGCGCACCAAGUACCACAACUUCGACGUGUACGCGCGCGCGCGCUGGCUGCACGGCUUCAUCCGCUUCCUGCUCUACUUCAGCUGCAGCCUGUUCACCGCCGCGCUGUGCGGCGCGCUGGCCGCGCUGCUGGGCCUGCAGUACCUGGGCGUGCGCGCGCUGCUGCGCUUCCAGCUCAAGCUGUCGGCGCUGCUGCUGCUGCUCGGCCGCCGCCGCCUGGACUUCCGCCGCCUCAACGAGCUGCUGCUGUCCGCCAUCCACGUCACCGUGCUGCUGCUCGGCGGCCUGGGCUGGUGCUUCAUGGUCUUCCUGGACCUGUGAGGGGCGCGGAGCCCCCCAGCCGCCAGGCCGGGCGCGCGCGGGGAGGCGGCGCCGGGACUGAGACUGGGGGUCUCGGGGAGCGCCCCGGGAGGGCGGCGGGCAGGAGGCGACCCCGCGGGCCCGCAGCGCGCCGGGGAGACGCAGCGCCGAGUCCUGGGGCGACCCCCGGGCGCUGAGUCCCGCUCUGUCCCGGUUCUCGGCGCGCCCCUGGCUCAGAGCUGGUGCAUGUCCCGGGCGGCGGGGCAGACCCUGCGAGUGCCUCUCGGGUCCCGGGAAGGAGCCGCCCGCAUUAAACUUAUUUUUUUACUGUG